AGUCAUGUUAAUAAUCAAUUUCGAUAUCAAAUUAAAAAAAAUGUCUUCAGAAUCUUUACAAUCUUUCAGAAAAGAGGAUAAAAGUUUGGUUAAUAAUACAGAUCAUAUACAUUUGAAACAAGGAUUAGAAAUAUUACAUGAAAAAAUAAAUGAUGAUAUAUUUUCAAAAAUUCCUGAUGAAGAACUUUUUUCUGUUGAUUUUAAAGGCUAUAUUAGUGCUAAUGGAGAAAGGGAGAGUGCCAAGUGUUUAGAAAAUGAUGAAAAUUUAUCGUAUAAAUCAUCUAUUUCUUUUUUAUCAAAUUUUUCUGAAAAAGAUGUUAAAAAUGUUACAAAUAAAUCGAAAUCUAAGAAACAGAUAUGGAGAAAUAUGUUAAAUUCUAAAGAAAUUUGUUUAGGAAAAAUUAAUCGGAAAUUUAACUAUAAUUUAUUGAAUAAUAUCAAUUUUUCAGGUCAAAUAUCAUCUAACGAUUCAAAGCUUUAUGAUAUAUGGAAAAAAGACAAUAAUUCUCAAAAGUUAUCAUUAGCUAGUUCUUCUCUUGGACAAAAAUUUCCAAAAAUGCCUUCUACUUUGCAGCAUAAAUCACUUUUUAUAUCAAAUAAUAUUCCUAAUGUAGAAGUAGCUAAUGCGGGGAUGUCAUAUAAUCCUUUGUUUGAAGAAUAUAAGAAGUUGAUAAAUGAGGAAUCUGCUAAGGAGCUUUUAAGAGAAAUAAAAAAUGAUCAAGAAAGAAGGAAAAAAUCAUUUAAUGUUUCUAAGCAAGAUUCUAUAAAGGAUAAAGAUCCCGAAAGCCUAUCCGAGGAUAACAGUUCCACUGAAGAUAUUAAUCAUUGUCUUAUUAGUAAAAAGUCACUAAAAAAAACAAGAAAGCAAAGAAAAAAAGAGAUGAGGAAAAAAAGAGAAAUUUUUGAAUAUAAUGAGAAAAGACGGCAGAAGAUGCAAAUAAGAGAUCUGAAUUCUAUAAAUAAAAUUAUAAAAUUAAUAGAAGAGAAGGCAUAUAGUCAAAAACUAGCUAAUAUUAGUAAUCCUAUACGUGAAGCUACGUCUAGAAGGAAGCUCAGAAGACACAGUGCAGUUGUACGUCCAUUAGAAAUCCAAUUAUCCGAUGAACUCAGUGAUUCUUUUCGAUUGUUUAAGCCUGAAGGUAAUAUAUUUAUAGAUCGGUUUAUAAGUUUGCAAGAAAGAGGACUUAUAGAAACAAGAUGUCCUGUGAUUUCUUACAGAAAAUAUCCCAGACGCUAUGUGGAAAAGUGGAGUUAUAAGAAAUUUAAAUUAUGAUAUAUUUGUGAUUAAUAAUUAUUAUUUUAAAUAAUAUAUUUU